GUCAAAGGAAAAUGGCGGCCGCAUCUCUACAGAAAAUACGAAGACAAUUUCAAUUCCUUGCAAAGAAUAGGUUUGGUAUUUUACGGUGUCUUAAUAACAGUAGAAGCUUACCAAGUACUUCAAAAGGGAAGACACCACCAAACGCCGCUUUCUUGCUUGGAUUUGGUCUCGCUGGGUUAAUUGGAUUUUCGGGUCUUUAUCAAAAGAAAAAGCUGAAGCUUUUAAAGAGAGCAAACGCCACAAGUGUCGAAAGAAAGUUGGAUGCGCUGAAAAAUCAACAUGCAGUUCCAGUAUCCUUUUACUGAAAUUCUGCGAGUCCAUGGGAAAUAUCAGGCGCGGAUUUAGGAUAAAUACUGACCGAUUUCCUAAACGAGCAUCGGAGGCUGAAGCUUCGAUAGUUCUAAGGGCCUCUUCUUAUGCGCCCGGUUUCCGAGAUCUCGCCUCACCUCUAAAUCCUUUGUUAAAUUUUCGAUGUGUUCAUAUGAGAGGGCGGGCUGGCUCAGUUCCCGAGAUCUCGGUUUUUCCAACCGAGAUCUCGGUAAGCGGGCUGGAAAUUUUGCCAUAUGAACACUUCAUCACGGUUACCUGGAUGAACGGCGGGAUGAAUUCUGGCGGCCCGGAUGGCAUCGUCUUGCAUUGCCUGCUGUAUUUUCCACAUCAUAAGCAUCCCAUUUAACUGCAGUGAUACAGCUUUAAGAGUUAUCGGUGCUUUUCGCUAUGUUUGCUUUGUUUCCCAAAUUUGGUGCCAGAACUCAUACCCAGGAUCUUUCACCUUUUCUCAUCUCGGAAACCGGGCUGAAAUUUCUCAUAUGAACCCAAGGCAAAAUUCAUGCCGGUAACCAAGCCAGCCCAGUCAACCGGGCUCAUAUGAAGAGGCCCUAAGUGGGGUCGGGGGCAUGCUCCCCUGGAAAUUUUUCGGAUUUUAACUCCUUAAAGUUCCUUUUCCUGGGUUAGUCGUUCAGACAGGAUAUUGGCUAGUUCCACUCUCCUCGGAUGAAGCCUUGUGAAUCGGCGGAUUAUUUAUAAGGUCAAUUUCCAUGUUGUAGUGGAUAUGGAGCAAGGCGAGUCUUGUCAAUCUCGUCUGUGACAUGGUGCAGGGACAAGUGAUUUUCCAGCUGAAAAUCUCAUGGCGAGUCCAAUGCACGGCUAUUAAAAAAAAUUGUCCAGACCAUUUUCCAUAUUUCAACUUGGAAAUUUUUUUUAUUAAAAAUAUAUUUAUUUUGAAAAAUCUGAUCCAUUUCCAUAAAACAGUGGAAACUGGUGUGGAUCUGUGCCUGAAUAUGGACAAUGCAUUUAUUGUCAUAUCCUAGCGCAUUCCUCAUAUAUUUUAGCUUGGUUUUUAGACACCUCUAAACCAAUUCAAUAAUAUAUUUUUGUUGCAAGAUUUUCUUUUACCACAUAAACACAGAAGGAACAAAAUCCCAGCAUUUCUCAUGGUUAUCCUUGGACCCUACAAUCAGCAAUAGAUGAAUCACGAUCCAUCAUUCAGUGUAUGAAGGAAGAGCGUGGCAUUCCUGGGGUAUCUAUUGCUGUGAGUGUAGAUGGAAAAACUGUGUGGAGUGAAGGAUUUGGCUUUGCAGAUGUUGAAAACAGAGUUUUAUGUACCAGCAAAACUGUUAUGAGAAUAGCAAGCAUUAGUAAACCACUAACUACAACAGCUGCAGGUUUGUGACUGUCCCAAGGGGAGGGGAUACACUCAUGGGAAUUCUUGGCAGGGGUGUACCAUCCGGUUAUCCCAAUCCGGACUAUAUUUCGACCAAAAAAUGUCAUUUUCAACAGCAGUUUUCAAACCUGGCUUCUAAAAUCCACACCUAUUUUCAGACAUGGAAGAGGUCACAAAAUGCAACAUACAUGUUUACAUUAUAGGUGAAAAUGUUAUCGUUGCUUAGAUUAGAACCCCAUCAUUAAGAUUUCUUUUCAAUCAAUUUUGAAUUCACAUUUUACUCUUUCUUUAUUAUUCAUUUGCAAAUGAAAUGACAAAUAUGUUCAUACACUCCUGUAGUUCCCUCGAAAACCAUACCUGAUUCCAUAUGUUUUGUAGUCUCUGCAGUUGUUAUUAGGGUCAUCAUGCAAUGCUCCUUCCCCUGAAGAGCGUUGCAUGAUGACCCCAAUAAUGGCUGCGAAGGAGACUAUAUGUUUUAAUUCCAAUGUGCAAUUUUUUCUUUGGUUUACUGGCCUUACUGUCAGCCAUUGUUAAGUGAAAGGUGAUAUGAUUUACUGCUCGUAAUAACAGCACUAUUUAAUAUAAGAAAUGUGAGCAUAUCCAUAUAUUUUUUCAAUUUCUUAAAUUUAUUAGCUAAACUGUGGGAAGAAGGAAAGCUGGACCUUGAUGCUGCAAUUCAAACUUAUGUAACUUCAUUUCCGACAAAGACAUUUAAUGGGUCCACAGCAACCCUCACAACAAGACAUCUUCUUUCACAUCUUGGUGGAAUAAGACAUUAUGAUAAAACACAGUGUAAUAAGGAAAACAAAACAAACACAGAUAAUAAGGUAUGUUUUCUAGGCAGGAAGGGACUUAUUGUCAUCAUUAUCAUAGUGGUUCCUAAAAUGCUAAUAAUGCUUUUACUAAACAGUGCCACAUCAGUCAAAAAUACAAUGCACAUUACACAACAAUUUGGUCAUAAUUUGUUAUAUCAUAAUUAAGUGAUCUCAUAAGCAUCAAAUAUCUCCUUCGUUAAUCCUCUCACUUCUUAUCCAGUACCCUAGGUGCUAUUACAAUCACUCUAGCUUUAUGAACAGUUUUAUAUCAUAUUUCGCCAGCGUUUUUGUUGUUGUUUGAACCUUUCUGGAAAAUCACUGUAAAUUUUGGUUAGGUGCUUUAUUGGACUGUUAUUUGAUCAAUCAGAGCAUCAUUACUAAUUUUAAUAUUGUAACUGGGACUAUCAAUGUCUUCUUGUGUGGCAUUAUUUCAUUGUUAUUAUUUCAAUGUCAAAAUUAUCUUUAAAGUCAUUGUCCCUGAUUCAACAGAGUGUGAAAAAUUCAUCCAAAGAAGAAGUUUCAGUUUCUAGGGACAAAGAACAGGAAGGUGUGUUUGUUGAACCACAGUAUUUAAUGUCAGCUGGUUAACUAAUCAAGAUGGCUGGAUAUUAGCCAAGUUCCUUUUUUGUGUAUUUACAAAGCGAGAUGAAGUCAAGGUCAAUAAAAACGUGAAAAAAGAAGGAGGCCAACAUCCAGCGAUCUUGACCUCACGCUUGGUGGUCAAUAAAGGAUUUGUUGUAUGGCCAGAAAAAGAACUUAUUCUUGCGGGGCCAAAGUGGAAAAUCCCAAGUGGGCAAGGUGGGUCCAUCUUGCCCGCUGGAGUAACCAAUCAGAGCACAGGAUUCCCUUUAUCUUGUCUGCUCUUUGAUUCGGCCAUAAAAUAUAAUUUUUUAAUAUUUGUGACAGUAAUAUUCUUACAUGUAAUCCUUUGGGGCAAGCAUUCAAAUGCCAUGGUCAGUUAAGAAAAUUUUAUACAGAGUGGUCAAGCUCCUGUUGUUGAGUGUUCUGUUGAUGAUGAUAGUGACUGUUAUUUCUUGUCAAGACAAAGUUAACUUUUGCUUAUGUUCUUUCACGUAAUUACAAGGCAUUGUUGUUAAUGUUGCACUUCAUAAGAUUAUUUCAGUUUAACUUUCAAGUCAUAAGUUUCUUUAAAAUAAAUUACGAGGCCUUGCAAAAGAAGUGAUUACCUUUAGCCCUGCAGCUAAAACAUUUUUGUAUUGUUAAUAUUGUUUUGUUAUUUUGCAAGUGAUUACUAGCAGAAGUAGAAGAAGACGAGAGUUUUCUUUUGAGGAAUACUACAUUAAGGUUGGUAAGUUGUUUCCUCAGAGUAAGAUCAAUGAAGGAUGCAGAAAAUGCAGUGGGAUCACCUGGAAAGGUGUUCAUGUUGGAGGGAUACUUACAGUGAAACUGAACUUGGAAAUUAAAAGCAAUUAAGAGACCAUNGUAAGUUGUUUCCUCAGAGUAAGAUCAAUGAAGGAUGCAGAAAAUGCAGUGGGAUCACCUGGAAAGGUGUUCAUGUUGGAGGGAUACUUACAGUGAAACUGAACUUGGAAAUUAAAAGCAAUUAAGAGACCAUGUGUUUUGGUACAAUCAGUUCUCUCUAAACUGGUCACAGUUAUUUUACUGACAGUGAAGAAUGGCAGAGGCUUACUCAAGGUGUUUGUCUUAAAAAGAGACUUGACUGUAUUACAGAAACUAUGGUCAGUUUGGUGCUAUGUCAUGGUGUCAGCCUCCUCCUCAGGUCCUCAGGUAGAUGGUGUGUGCAUCUUUAAGAAUAACACCAGUAUUCCUUGUUUGUGAUUGCUAAAAGUAAUUAAUAUUUAAAAGAGCUCAGGACAGGAUCAAGAAAUACUGGUAAACACUACUGCCAUUUUAGGCCUCAAAUCGCCCAUUACAAACUUAAGGUUCAAAGGUAUGGAUGGUGGCUUUGGGGGUAACUGCAAUCUGGCCAAUCAUCUCCAAAUGUUGGGUAGUGCUAUCCACUGAAUAAAUUACUAUCCAGCUGAUAAUUUUUAGGGAAAGCGAUUGUGUUAUCCACCUUUUGAACAACUGGGGCCUCGUCGUGCAUUGGGUGGGUCACAGCAAGUGAUCUUUAAAAUUACAUUAAAGAGAUUAAAACUUAGGAAACAAACUGGCUGGAAUGUCAAGGAUCCCCUCACUAAUAAAAGAAUUUCUUCCUCUGUACACACUGUAGGACCAUUAUAAAACAGUAUCAGAGGCUUUGUCACUGUUUAAAGAUGACCCAUUGUUGUCUGUUCCUGGUACAACCUAUUUAUACACCACCCAUGGAUGGACUUUGUUGAGCGCUGUCAUAGAGAAAGCAGCUAAUCAGGAUUUCCUUUCUUUAAUGAAAAAACUGUUUAAAGAUCUUGGGAUGGAAAACACUUGUGCUGAAUUCAAUGAUGUCAUUAUUUACAACAGGGCAAGGUUAUUCUUUCAUUUUAUAAAGACUAGUAGAGAUAUUUCCUCUUUGAAUGGCAGUUUUUUUAUCAGCCUGUUUUAGUUUCCAUUAUAGUAUAAUUAACCUACAAAAUUGACAUCAAGUUUUGGCAUUUUGGGGGAUAUUUUCAUUAAGAUGACGAAUACUGACGGCAAUAUUUUACUACUUAUUAACAAAAUAGUCACACAAAAAUCAAGGCAACCUUUCCAUAUAACCUGUAGAUUUGAGUUUGCUCUUUGAGAACUUUUUUUUAUGACCAUCGUAAAGAAAGACUCCAGUUGCAAACUAUGAGUGAGUGGUUUAAACAUUAAAGUAACCUACUUUAGGUCCUUUUGGUUUGAAAACCUUGUUCAUAUAUUUAUUACUACUGUACCACAGAUUUUAUAGGCGGAACGAGAAUGGUCAUCUUGUAAAUGCACCUUAUGUGGACAAUUCUUACAAGUGGGCUGGAGGAGGUUUCAUGUCUACAGCAGAAGAUCUAGUUCAGUUUGGAAAUUCUAUGCUGUAUGCCAAGCAAACGGAUCAUAACAGGAACACAGCAGGUUUGGCCAUAUUUUUUAUUGACAGAGAAGCUAUCAUAAGAAAUCAAAAUUAGUAACAUUCCUUGCUCAGUUGUUUGGCCCUUUGACUCACAGUGUAAUAGGUGUGUGUGUGUACUAGGUUUAUUCUGGGUUGUGUUUUGUAAGUGAUUUUUAAUCCCACUGAGGUGAUGCUCAUAUGUAAAGGAAGAGAUAAUGAACAUAUUGGGUGCUUUCAAAAUAAUAGGAAGUUAAUGACUGAGAUGUUUUGUGUUCCUUUUAAGUUUACUGUAAUGCGCAUGUGAUCAUAUAAUUAUGCAUGAAUAAAUGCACAUAUAGUGGGUAUCACAUGGCUGCAUGGAGAUAUGAAAUUUCUCUUCAAGCGUUGACAUGGAUCUCCAAGCAACCAUGUAAUGUUCUAUUUUAUUAUAUAAAUACCAAUGAAAUACCAAACCAUUUCAAUAGUUUGUUGCUGUGAAAGGCACAAAUUAUUAUGUAGCCAUAGCAAUGGUGAUCUUUUCACAUGUGAAGAUAUCAUGUUUUCGUGCAAAAGUUUACAUAAUUUAGUGUUUAUACAAUAAAUUAUUAUCAUUAUUAUCAUCAUUAUUAUUAUCAUCAAUAAGCUGAGAUAAUUAAUUAGACAUGCUAAUUGUGCAAAUGUAUAAAUGUGUACCAUCUUUUUUACACUAGGUUGUCUUCCUGGAUUUCUUAAGCCUGAAACUGUAACAGAGCUGUGGAAAGUUGCAGCUAACACUGAAGGUCAAGGCCACAAGGAUGGUGGCUAUGGAUUGGGCUGGGUGGUCAUUCCAGAAAAACAGGAUUUUGGAGCCUGUCAUCAUCAGUCAGAGACAAUUCUUCAUGGAGGUACAAAAAUAAUGGGAGGGCUAUGUGACACAAACUUACACAAAAAUUUGUCAAAACGCAACAAUGAAAAAAAAAAAAGGAGCAUGUUAUGUAGAUCCCAGAACAUAAACUCAGCACAAGACCCAAGUUGAAGAUCUCCAUCAGAUAUUUUUCCUGUUUUCUGUUAUUUUUUCUGGAGGGGAGGGGGGAGGAUUCAAGGUAAAGGUAAAAAAAGGAAUAGUGCCUGCAAAAAAGUGACCUCUGAUCAACUUCUCAUGUUUGCUUGAAAACACGAGAUAGAGAUUACAUACACGUAGGGCCUUCGUCCAUGCACUUCUUGAAGAAGCCCACAAAGCUUUGAAUAUCGGUCAGCUGUGAAUAGUAUGUUUCAAUCCUCACUGUUCCCUCUGUAGUUAGCUGAUGUACCAACAUGGCCUCUGUCUCAUGGUAAGAAUCAGAAUGCAACAGUCACAACUGACCACUGUGGUUAAAAAGACACUGUGUGAUCACUCCCUUUGCACUUCACUUUAAGAAGACAACUAAAAAGGAGUCAAAGACUACGUUUUUAACAUGGCACCAGACAAAUUUCAUUUGGCUAAAAAAGUUUAACCAGACACUUCAUUUGCCAUAACCAUAAUUUCAAUAUUUUCACUGAUGAACCGGGUUACCAUGCAUUCAUGUCAUGGCAGUACAAAAAUUUAAACAGUUAUGGUGUUCAAACCCUACUGACUAAAAAUUUGACCUAGAUUUUGGUGCUAAGCAUGGUUCCAUAUGUGAAUGGAACACCCAAAUGCUCAAAUUUUUUCAGGUGCUGUGUGAAAACAAUGUAGCUGAAAUGUAAUGAUCCAUAUCUCAAGUGCCCUUAUCCUAAGACAAAUGAUCAGUCUGUUAUUAUCUCUUUGUUGAUUUGUCUAAAUUCUGCAAGACAUCUGACUGCAGUGAUAAUUUUUGUAUUCUUUAGGAGGAGCAGUGGGAGCUAGCAGUAUUCUUCUUAUAAGACCUACCACUUGUAAUGAACAGCUUCCCAAAGGAGUGGUAAUAGCAGUACUGGCGAACCUACAAGAAAUGAAUCUACAGAAGACAGCAAUAGCUAUAGCAGCCUGCUUUGAAAAAACUCAACUUUAAUAUACCUACCAACUCUCACAGAUUAUGCGUGAAUCUCAUGCCUGCGGGCAAAACACAUCGAUCUUAUGGAUCAAGGACAAUUUCUCACACCCGACUCACAAAUGUGGACCAAUAGUUCUUCAAUGAAAUAAUGAUUAAUAACAAAAAUUCAAUUCAGUUUCCCAAAAAUAUUCUAAAAAGGGUCUUGACUUUGUGUCCUGACAAUAUCACAACAGGCUAAAAUUGUUGCCUUUUAAAUGGCUUUGGAAGAGCUCAAAGGUCAUGAGAACAUUUCCUGCAUCAUUUG